CUCAAUUACACCAUCACUUCGUUAUCCUGUUCACCGCAUCUCCAACCACCGAUCUUGGGAUAUCUCCAUCAGUCACACUCGUUGACAUAGGCCGCAGCAUCCCUCCGAAUAGCGUCCAAUACGUCGUCCGAAGAGUCCUCCACCUUGAAAUGAGGGCUCAUCUCCUGCUCGUAGCCCGUCGCAAGCAUAGCAACCUCUGCGUCGCGCCCGUCCGACAACCUGUCCAUCAAUCAGCAUCAUCUCAUACACGCAAUAACGACAAGCCAACUCACCCUCUAUCCGCCUCUCCAGCGACAUCAUCCCCAGGAGUUCCAUGCCUAGCCAACGCCUCACGGAUCAACCCGCACCCCCUCAACCCCAAGCUCCCAACCCCCAUCUCCCUCUCAAUCCUCUCCUCCAUCCUACUCACCAUCCCCAGCAACCCCUCUUCACCUUCUUCCCCUCCACCACCACUCUUCGCCCUCGCCGCCAACACAGCCAUCGCCCCAACUUCAAUAACCCUCCUACUCGUCGUCGCCUUCUCCCCCUCAUCCAUAUGUCUGACCUCCACCCCCGUCCCCGUCUCCCGUCUACAAUAACAACACCCACACGCCGACCCGGACGUCGACGC